AUGAGGAAGCUCUUCGCGGCGUUCUUCGUGGGUCUAUUGGCAGUUACGCACGCAGCGUUUGCUGUGAAUAUCGGUGUUUAUUAUGAAAGUCGCUGCCCAGCAAGCCAGCUGUUCAUUUACCAGCAACUGCUGGAUGUGGCGCCUUAUGCGAAGGAGUUGCAACUUGCCAAGGUUGCCAUACACCCUGUUCCUUACGGGAACACAAAGGAGACACUGACAGAGACGGGACACUACGAGUAUGAGUGCCAGCACGGUCCAGAGGAGUGCUACUUGAACCGAGUGGAGGCCUGUGGCCUUGCAAUACUGAGGGAGGCCCGAAUUGACGUGUGGGCCCCCUGGGUAGACUGUGUGAACAAAAGUCAGUUAGAUGCGGCCAGUCUAAUUAAGGCGGAAGCGCACUUGGCAAAGGCAAUAGCAGCUAGCCAGCUAGCCAUAAGGGAGGCCCGGCGCUCAAUUGAAGCAGCGAAAGCUGCAGCAGAAGCAGCAAAACACGGGGCAGUGGGCCCUGCUGCUCGCGAUGCGGCUGCUGCAGCAAUGGCAGCAGCAAAGGCAGCGAACGACGCAGCUUUGUCUUCUGCUGAAGUGACAGCAGCAGCAGCAGCAGCAGCAACAGGGGGAAAAAACUCUUGGAUCAUGUGUGAAAUCAACCUCCCUAGCAGCCAAGCAAAAAUGCUCAUGUUCGAGAUCCUUGCCUGCAGUCUCACUUCAGCGGGAGAAAGAAUCCAACACAUGAUGGCUGAACAGACACCUGAACACGACCACGUGCCGUGGAUAACUGUAGACCGACAGCAUUCAGCUUUGGCAGAAAAGGAUCUUCGCUGUGCCAUCUGUACGUCUGCAUCCGGAAAUGAAGGCAGUCUCCGGGAGUUCUGCUCCGGAAAGGAUGGAUGCGACAAGCAGCAGCAGCACCUGUUGCCCCAACCGCAGCAGGAGAGGUUGCAGAACACAUCCGAGCAGUUGAAGGAGGAGGAGCAGCAGCAGCACAACCAAGACGCUGCGGAGACUCUCGUAGUGACUGGCAUGUACCAUGUUGUGUCCCAGGAAGAAGUGUAG